AUGGCGGUGGGAGAUUUGAUGAAGUUAAGGAGGUCAAACAUAUUUUGGAUUAUUUCAUGUGCAACUCACACCUUAAAUCUAAUGCUUCAAGGAAUUGGCAACCAACCUAGAUUCAAAGGAGAAAUUGAGAAGGCAAAGAGUUUCACCAUAUAUAUUUAUGCACAUCACAAGACUUUGGCAUUGAUGAGGAAGUUUACAAAGAAAAAAGAUAUAGUCAGGCCGGGAGUCACUAGAUUUGCAACCGCUUUCCUCACUUUGCAAAGCUUGAUGGAGAAGAAGAAUGAGUUGAGAGCUAUGAUUACUAGUGAUGAAUGGAAUGAAAGCAAGCAUGCAAAGAGUGUAAAGGGGAAGGCGGCGGUGAAUAUCGCUUUGAGUACUUCUUUUUGGAAUGAGGUAAGUCUUUACUUGAAGGUGUUUGCCCCUUUAGUCAAGGUGCUUCGCCUUGUUGAUGGGGAUAGAAAGCCAUCAAUGAGCUUUGUGUAUGGAGAACUACUUAGAGCCAAAGAGGAGAUUAAAAUGGCAUUCAAAGAUCAAGAAGCUCACUAUCGUCCAAUCCUUGACAUUGUUGAUGGAAAAGCCCGUGAUCGACUUGAUAGUCCAUUGCAUUUAGCGGGCUACCUCUUAAACCCUUACUACACAUAUGCCAAUCCAAGCAUUGAGAAUGAUAAUGUAGUCAUGGAUGAGUUCUUCUCUUGUGUUGAGGUAUUCUUUCCUAAUGAUAUUCAAACUCAAAUUUUGUUGACAAAUGUAGAAUUGCACAAGUAUUUGAAGAAAGAGGGUGGAUUUGGAAGAGUUUUGGCUAAGGUGGGAUGCGCACAAAAUGAUGACAAUUAUAAUCCGGUUUUGUGGUGGAAUAUUUAUGGAAACCUUUUACCAAAAUUGCAAAGUAUGGCUAAAAGGAUACUUUUAUUGAUCACAAGCUCAUCCGGAUGUGAGAGAAAUUGGAGCGCUUUUGAGGGGAUUCAUACAAAGAAAAUGAAUAGACUAGAUACAACGAGCACUAUGACAAAAAACGAAACAGACAACAGACAUUUUUCGUUGUGGGAUAUGAACAAUGUCCUUUAUCGUUGUGCCUUCCCUCGGCAGAUGCCAGGCACAGCUGCCGUGCAGCCAUGCUGCGCAUGGCAGUUUUACCUAAUGAACAUUGAUCAAUUGGAAACAAAACUGAUUGCAAACAUCAAAUGA